UAUUGCCGAUUGCUGUAAGAUUCUGUGUAAUUACGCUAAAAAUGAACGCUCAACAAUUUGUGUUAUUACUUAUUAUUUUUUGGUCGUACGAAGUCCAUUCAAAUCAAUUGACAUCAAUAUUAGAUAAAAGUGAAAAAUGUGCUCAAAUUGUGGAUCUAUGGCCCUGUUUAAAGGAAGUUGGUGUUAAAGUUGUGCAAACCAUAUUGAACCAUCAAGGUGAAAUACCAUUGUUGGGAUCAUACUUAUCCAUUAUACCCAAUAAAGAACAAUUAUCAAGUAAUCAGGGAACAAAUAUAUUUAAUAUUUCAACAGAUUCCUUUAAACUUGUUAAUUUUAUGAAAAAAAAACAAUUGCGUUUAAUAUUACCAAUGAAUACCAUUUCUUGGUUAAUCGGAGAACAAAUAAAUGAAGGUAGAGGGAAAAAAGGUUCAGGAAUUUUAAUGCUUGGAGGAAUGAUGAUGAUGACAACAUUAAUGGCCACCGCAUUUGGUGUGUUAGCACUAAUGGCAGGCAAAGGUUUGUUAACUAGUGUUGUGGCACUUAUGUUUUCUGCUAUAGCAAUUUCAAAAAAGAGUGGUCAUGGUCAUGCUAGAACCACAUAUGAAAUCAUAGAUGCUCCUCAAGAUGUCGGUCAAAAGUAUAUGCACAGCAUUGGCCCGAUAGUUUCAGAUGCAAAUCAUCAACCUUCAACUGAACCAAUUUUAUAUGGAAAUCAACAAUACGAAUAAAAAACUAAAAUUUUAUAUAAAUCAAUCUAACGAAGCAAAUAAAGAUGUGAAAGUAUCUGAAAAUGCUACAAAGGAGCCAAAAGGCAUCGAAAAUUAUAUAAUAUCACAAAUGCAAAAGGUCUUUAGUUUAUUUUCUUUUGGAUUAGAACUUCCAGAAAUACCAUGGAGCCUACUGAAAGUAUCUUUUUUAGACU